CUCAGAGCUCAGAAUAAACGCAAGAGACAACAGACACAACAGAGAACAACGCGCCGCCGCCGCUCCCGAUCACCACAACGAGCCCGAUCGCGCUUGGAUUAUUACAACUAUGACUCUGGAAGAGAUCCGCGGACAAGAGAACGCAAUGGAAAUCCCAGACAGGGUGCAAAGCGCAGGCGCAGCCCUGGAGGAGCUGCUGCAGGCUGCUAAGAAGCAGGAGUACCUGACAGUUGGAGUUUAUGAAUCCGCCAAAGUCAUGAAUGUCGACCCGGACAGCGUGGCAUUCUGCGUGCUCGCCACCGACGAGGAGUACGAGUGCGACAUCGCCCUCCAGAUCCACUUCACCCUCAUCCAGGCCUUCUGCUUCGACAACGACAUCAACGUGGUGCGCGUCAACGACAUCGAGCGCCUGGCCGACCUCGUGAGCGCGGGCGAGCCCGGCGAGCCCAAGGACGCGCAUUGCAUUCUUGUCACGAGUCCCAGUGCAAACCCGUGGAAGGACCCGGCUCUGGACAAGCUGAGUGGGUUCUGCGAGGAGAGACGCAGUGUGUACGACUGGGUGCCCACCGUCACGCUCCCAGAGCGCUGAAGGGACACUCCGCCAAAACAACGCUUCAACAUGAUGAUGAUGAUGAUGAUGCAGAAGAAGAAGAAUGAUGGAAAGUCAAGGAGCUGAGACUCAGUUGGGGAUUGAGAGGAGAGGAGAGGAGGGGGUGGGCGGCAAGCCUCUCUGCCUCACGUCUGGAUUAAGAGGAUGUGGUUGUAACCCACCCGACUCCCCCACCCCCCCUUCCCUCACCCCUGCAAGAGAACAACCUUCUAGCGCAUUCUGGGUCGGCAAGUUGGUUCCGGGUCACCCCCGAGGAAGGGAUCCCGUGUUCAGAGGUCAAGUGUGUACCGGGGUCGGUCAAAGAUGGAGGGGAUCAAAGAGCCUGAUUGGACACUGAGAAGGAUUGGGAAUAUGCUGCACAGUGCAUGCAUAGAUGACGCGUGGUGCCCCACGUGGGGGGCAAUGGGAGGGGGGCAUGGCAAGGUUUCAGACUUUGCAAGAAAUGGACUUGUGAAAGGGCCCGAAACUGGACUGAAUCUCAUUAGAUGGGAACGAGGAGGAUGCUGGACCCGGAAGAGGGUGUCUAAAUGGACUUUUCUUUUCUUUACCAGCGCAGUGAUCAGGGACUUCUUUGGAAUAGAGCACAGACUUGCUCAUCCUGAUCUGCGCUGCGUCUGAGCGCGUGACACGUAUUCAGAGACUCGUAUUUUGACUUGUAUGCAACAAGUCAUGCAACAUUGUUUGAAUUGUACUCAUUUCUUAAUGUUUUGUGAAUAAACAAUUUAAAUCCAACUCCAA